AUGGCCGCCGCCGUCCUCCCCUCCUCAGCGUUCUCCUGCCGGCGCCGCCCCGGAAGCUUUUCUCAUGGCGGACAGUUACUGCGGACCAACCUCCGACGCCUCACCCUCCCGGCGGCGCCACCGUCUUCUCCGGGGACGGCGGUCAGACUACGCCGUUUCCGCGAGGGACGCAGAGGGAUCUCUUGCGUCGGGGCCUCGGAAGGGUCGCCGGCUGAUAUCCUCGGUGGGUUUCACUCCUCUGUGAACGGCAAGGACAUGAAGACGCUGGGGGAGCUCUGGUCUGACGACUGCCUCCUCGAGGACCUCUCCAUCUCCUCCAGGCCAUUUCAAGGAAGGAAGGUAACUCGCCGGAGCAAUCCCACUGGGCAACGACCACCGCUGAAACAGACCUCCACUGGGCGGUGCAGGAGGUGAUGGGCUUCUUCGGGAAGCUGACGGAAGCCAUGGGGGAGAACGUCAAGCUGGUCCUGGAGGUCAUCCACGAGGGGAAGCCAACGACGGCAGAGGAGGCGGCGGCGGCGGCGGCGGCAGUUUGGCAUCUGGGUAGCGACCACCAGAGAAAUCGAGAUCUUCUUUGUCCUUCCAUGUCUCCUUCUUCCUUACUUUCCCUUUCUCUCUAUUCUCUCAUUGCCACCCGUGCUCACCCGUUUUGCAGAGUGGAAAGGGGAGAGGAUACCCUUCACCAGGGGGUGCGGCAUCUAUGAGUUCUCCCAGGAACCCGGCGGCGGCAGCCUGCGGAUUAGGUAAAGAGGCCUCUGGUUUCCAUCAAAUAUGGAUUCAAACUGUUCAAUCCCGCUGAAUCCUCCAUUCCCUGCUCCGGCUGGUGCAGGAAAGCUCUUGUGGCCGUUGAGUGGCCACUCAAGGCCGGGGGUCUCACCGUGGUAAGCAUCCCUGUUCAUCCUCUUUCGUCCCCACUCAAGCAUGGGGACCUCCAUGAACCUCACCUUCAUCUGACCAUGGUUUCAGGAAGUGUUGAAGAUCAUUACCUCUACCUUCGACAGGUUCCCUCUCCUCGCUGAGGGUAAGAAUAAUUCUUCCCUUGGAAUUAAUAAUUAUAAUAUACCGAAUUUCAGAUAAAAGUUGAGGUUAUUAGGCCCGUGUGUUUGACCAUCGACCCAUACUUCACAGGAAGACAUAUUUUUAUAAAGCAGGAUUACAUACUUAUUAUACUAUCUUAAAAUGAGAUUAUUCUAACGAUUGCUCAUGCGGCAGAGUUCUUGAAGAAAUCCAGUGCCAUCGGUCAACUCGUGAUGAGCAUCUACAAGAAUUGGGUCAAGCCACUGAUCCUCCCGCUCUUAUUGUCCUAUACUGGCAUGUGGGCACACGCUAUGAAGACCUUGCAGCGUUUGGCUCGCAUCCUUCUUGGAAUAUUGAGGAAGCUCAUGUGA